AUGGAUUACUCCAAGAAUUCCAUAACAAAUCUUGCAAUUAUCUCUCUAUUACUAGCGACCGUUAUUCUUCUCUGUUCUUGGAAUCCCUUGAUGGGCAAAAGUUUUUUUCCCUCCAAGAAACACUCAUUCUCAGUACCAAAUUCUGCGAUAGUGAAAGAUGAACUGGAAAUAGCUUUAAAGAAGGCUUCAAUGGGCAACAAGACUGUGAUUAUAUCCAUUGUUAAUAAAGCCUACGUAGAGCCACAUGCAGAUGAAUAUCCAACAAUUUUUGAUCUUUUUCUUGAGGGCUUUUGGGUUGGAGAAGAAACUAGGUCAUUGGUGGAUCAUUUGUUGAUUGUCGCCAUGGAUCAGAUGGCGUAUGAUCGGUGCAAGUUCCGGCGGCUGAACUGUUAUAAGUUGGUUGGUGACGGCGGAGAUUUCGCCGGAGAAAAGCUUUACAUGUCCGAUGAGUUUAUCAAGAUGAUGUGGAGAAGAACUCUUUUUCUUCUGGAAGUCCUUAAGCGUGGAUACAACUUCAUCUUCACGGACACGGAUGUAUUAUGGCUGAGGAAUCCAUUUUCAAGACUACGCAUGAACAAAAACAUAGAUUUUCAAAUAAGCACAGAUUGGUUCAAUGGCAAAGCAUCCUCAGAAAAUAACCCAAUCAACACAGGUUUCUACUUCAUCAGAUCAAACAACAAGACGAUAUCAUUAUUCGAAAAAUGGUACGGUAUGAGGGAUAACUCGACAGGCCUAAAAGAGCAAGAUGUUUUAGCGAACUUGGUAAGAGGAGGAGUGCUAAAUGAAUUAAGCCUUAACGCAAGAUUUCUCAAUACCCUCUAUUUCAGUGGGUUCUGCAGAGAUAGCAGUGAUAUUACGGCAGUGGCAACCGUCCACGCCAAUUGCUGCCGGAGUAUUGCAGCCAAGGUGGUGGAUCUGAAGGCAGUUUUGAGGGAUUGGAAAGGGUUCAAGGGCAAUGCAACUGCUAGUAAUUCUAGCACAAAAAACUUUCAAUGGUCAAGCCAUGCUGCUUGUAGGAAUUCAUGGGGCAAGUGA